UUCUCGCUCUUCCUGGCCAUCUACCUGGCUGCCCUCCUGGCCAACGGCCUCAUCAUCACAGCCGUAGCCUGCGACCACCGCCUCCACACCCCCAUGUACUUCUUCCUCCUCAACCUCUCCCUCCUUGACCUUGGCUGCAUCUCCACCACUCUCCCCAAAUCCAUGGCCAAUUCCCUAUGGGACACCAGGGCCAUUUCCUACUUGGGAUGUGUUGGACAGGUCUUAAGUCUUGCUAUUUUCAUGUCAGCUGAGUAUUCUGUCCUCACAGUCAUGGCCUAUGACCGCUACGUUGCCAUUUGCAGACCCCUGCACUAUGGAACCCUCCUGGGCAGCAGAGCUUGUGUCAGAAUGGGAGCGGCUGCCUGGAUCAGCAGUUUUCCCAAUGCUCUCUUGCACACUGGGAACACAUUUUCCAUUCCACUCUGCCAAGGCAAUGUGGUGGAGCAGUUCUUCUGUGAGAUCCCCCAGAUCCUCAAGCUCUCCUGCUCACACUCCUACCUCAGGGAGGUCGGGGUUACUGUGGUUACUGCUUGUUUAGUCUUUGGUUGUUUCAUUUUCAUUGUGAUGUCCUAUGUGCAGAUUUUCAGAGCUGUGCUGAGGAUCCCCUCAGAGCAGGGCCGGCACAAAGCCUUUUACGUAUGUCUCCCGCACCUGGCCGUGGUCUCCCUCUUUGUCAGCACCACAAUGUUUGCCUACCUGAAGCCUCCGUCUGUCUCCUCCCCAGCUCUGGAUCUUGUAGUGACUCUUCUGUACUCAGUGGUGCCUGCAGUAUGGAACCCCCUCAUCUACAGCAUGAGGAAUAAGGAGCUCCAGAAUGCCCUGAAGAAAUUGAUCCAACAGAUUCAAGGUCAUUGA